GCUGUUGUCAGAAACUGGAACUUAGCGUGACUGAGCGAUACUCGAUCCUUUCAUUGUAACGUGUUUUGAUUAUCGCCGUAUACGUGUAAAAAUGUUGAGCUUCAGAGAACGCCCAGUAACACACCGGAUAUGAAAUGUGGAAUCGGUCUGAAUACGUAAGCACAUCUGUUCCAUACAUAAAAAAGAAUUGCCAACUUGAACCGAAAAAAGAGUAAGAUCGCAGUACUUCCACCAUGGAAUUAACGCUUUUUCUUGGAGUCGUUGUUUUUCUUCCAUUUGUGGUCAAAGUUUAUGCCGCGGACUGCUCAUGCUACACAUUCCACGAAGACGGGCUCACAUGGACUGCGGCCAGACAGUCGUGUAAAUCUAACGGAGGAGACCUUGUCUCCAUGGAAACACCACAUGAAUGGCAAGUUGUAAGAGAUUACAUCCAAAACCUGACGAACAAGUUCAACAAUGACUGGCAUAUCGGUUUGCGAAGGAACACCACAGUGAUAGGGAACUGGACCUGGACCUGGGUGAAUGGAAAGCCACUAACCAUUAACCACUGGCAGCCUUGGCAGCCUCGAGAUGGUGCGCCGUAUGUGGUGAUGGCGAAAAACUACCCGCCGGGAACUAGGGGGCUUUUUAAUGACAUAAGAGGAGACAUUUUCGCCGGCUUCAUCUGCGAAAUACCCUCUGAGUGUUCAAGAAGUGGUUUAACCUGCAAGAUCACUGAAGUAUUCAGAGUAGUUCCAUCUGGCACAAGUAGCAAACAAACACCACCGACGUUGAGAACUGAAAAAAACACGCGAGCCAGCAAUACUGAUAUUAUUUCCAUGGUAAGAAAAGUUCAACCUCCUGCCGGCUUCAUCCAUUGGACAAUCGCAAUAAUUCCGCUCGUUUGCGUGAUACUGGUCUUAGUUUGCGUCAUUGGCUUCCUUCUUUGGCGCUUGAAAAUGAAAACAAGCAAACAAAACGGCGACAUAACUGCACAGCCAUUUUAUUAUGACGCACAGACUCGAUCUCUUCGCAAACAGGAUGAUGGGGCAAACAAUUUCCGUGAAGUCAACCAGCUAAAAGUGCAUUUUCAAGACUCGCCUGAUUGCGAAGAUCAGAAAUAUCACCUGUUACAGCGAUCAGCAAACAAUGAAAACAGAAACGUUCAAUACGCUUCCCCGUACAAAACUCCAGGACAACUCUCAAUCUCCAGGCGGUUAGCAAUAAGACGAAAGAGCAGCGAUGAACUCAAAGGUAAAUACCCGCUGAAUAAAGGCAGAGAAAAUAGAGAGGUGACAAAAGACUACAGUGCAUUAAAGACGGACUCAACUGAACAGAACAACGAGAGUGAUAAUUGUCGUGCUUAUCAAGCUUUGGUCACCGAUUACGAGGAACCUGUAAACAUCAUUUUGGCUGGUAAGGAAAAUGCUGAAAGUCAUAAGUGCUCUGAAGACGAACUGUCCUAUCUUGAAAUAAUUGCAUGACAAAACUACUCUUUCACUUCUUUAUUCAGAACAUUUAUUUUCGAUAAAAGUUAUCAUACAUAAACCAGUUACCAUUACACACGGUAGCCUGCAAAGGGAAAGAACCGCCGCUUGUGCUAAAUCAUGUACAGUUUCUUUCAAUUAUAAUUACAAUCCUUGCUUUGUUUAUAUACAGGACUGUAUCUUAAAAUCUAUGUUGUAUAUAGGUUUUGUCAAAGGAGAAAAUCUUCUGUCAGAAAAAAAAUACUAUUGUACUGUUUUCAUUCCUAUUAUGAUCUUAUUAACUUCUGUUUUAA